AUGGCGAGAAGAAACGACGCUGCAAUUGCUGGUGCAUUGGAGGCUAUGGCUCAGGCUUUGGGAAAUCAGCCGAACAUUGGAGAGAAUGUUGGGUGUCGUAGUUUGGAUACCUUCCAGAGAGAGAAUCCGCCUGUCUUCAAGGGUACCUAUGAUCCUGAUGGUGCAAUGAAUUGGUUGAAGGAGAUCGAGAGAAUAUUCUGUGUGAUGGAUUGCACUCCAGAGAAGAAGGUUCGGUAUGGUACUAACAUGCUAGCGGUGGAAGCUGAAGACUGGUGGUUAGAGACUCGUCAAAGGUUGGAAGUUGCUGGUGAGGAAGUGACUAGGGUUGUGUUUCGUAGGGAGUUUCUGAGGAAGUAUUUUCCUGAGGAUGUUCGUGGAAAGAAAGAGAUCAAGUUCCUUGAGCUGAAACAAGGGAGCAUGUCUGUCACUGCUUAUGCUGCGAAAUUUAGCGAGUUGGCUAAGUUCUAUCAGCAUUAUGAUGGACCGACUGGAGAGUUCUCGAAGUGCAUCAAGUUUGAGAACAGGUUGCAUCCAGAAAUCAAGAAUACUACCAGCUAUCAGAAGAUUCAGAUAUUUGCUGAUUUGGUGGAUAGCUGCCGGAUCUAUGAGGAAGACAACACUGCUCACUAUAAGAUGAUCAUUGAGAAGCGAACUGGAAAGGGUAAACAGAAAGCUGCUCAGGGUCAGAGGACUAGUGGGGGAGAUGCUCUUGCUGGUAUUGUGUGCUUCAAACGCGGAAAACCUGGUCACAAGAGUAAUGUAUGUAGUGCUGAGGCACAGAGGUGUUUCCGUUGCGGGAAGACUGAACAUUUGGCUCCUGAUUGCAAGCAUAAGGAGGUUAUCUAUUUCAAUUGCGGCGAAGAGGGGUACAUCAAUACAAAGUGUGAGAAACCGAAGAAGGCGCCAGGCAGUGGGAAGGUGUUCGCUUUAGCUGGGACACAAACAACUAGUGAGGACCGACUCAUUAGAGAGAUGGUAGUCGAUCUUCCAGCUAAGGGGUCAGUGACUACUUUUCUUGCAUGUGUGAAAUGUCCUUUGUCGAUCUUCGAUAGAGACUUUGUUGUUGAUCUGGUUUGUUUGCCUUUAAGGGGAUUAGAUGUGAUUUUAGGUAUGAACUGGUUAGAGCAUAACCAUGUCCAUAUUAAUUGUUAUCAUAAGUCGGUGAGAUUUUCUACUCCAGAAGAAGAAGCGAGUUUGCUGUCAGGUAAACAGUUACGCCGACUGAUGCUAGAAGAGGAAACUCAGAUGUUCUAG